ACAACACUACCGGAAUUCGAACAAGGGGAAUGUUCCGUCAAACGAAUGCAUGAGGAGUUUAUCUGGCUUCAUGACUACCUAGUUGAGAAUGAAAUGUAUGCCGGUUACAUUGUUCCACCUGUUCCUCCCCGGCCGGAUUUCGAUUCUUCCCGGGCCAAAUUGCAACGGCUUGGUGAAAGCGAGGGCUCCAUGCCGAAGGAGGAUUUGCAGAAAAUGAAAGCCGAACUGGAAGCGUAA